AUGGCCGAGGAGGACAGUGAGGUUUCACCUGGCAAAGUCCGCAGCAAACGGAUCUUCCUCAACCACUUGGACUCGUGCGUCGGGAGCCACACAGGCAAAUACCUAUCUAACUGUGUGGUUGGAGCAUCGUUGGAGGCACCACUAGAGGAAGAACAAAUUGAGGAAGAGAGUGAUUCAGUCCAAAGUAUUCCAGUGGCCAAAGGGACAUAUAAGGUGGUGGGAACGCAGAGAAACCCUGAUGCCCAGAAGCCUGAUUUUGCUUUUGAAAUCUUCUCUUUUAAUUCAAGGGAACAGCUAUUGGAGUAUCUUCUGGACUGUGACAUCAUUAUCUAUAAUAUCACAGAAACAACUGAGCAAAUUGAUGAAGCCUCCUGGGCAGUUUCAGCAUUGCAUUCAGAGAUAGGAAAUUUUGAAAGCUCAAAAACAUUCAUUCUGUUGUCAACAAUAAUGACAUGGGGACAAACCAAGACCACUGAUCCCGAAGAUAUGUUAACAGAAGAUGAGUAUCGGAGAAGAAAAGCCCAUCCAAACUUUAAGGAUCACCUCAGCCUUGAGAAAUUAGUUAUCAAACUUGGAAAAACUAAGCGCAGAUUUACUACAUUUGUUGUUGCUUCUGGGCUUGUUUAUGGAAUGGAAGAAAGUGUUUUUCACUACUUUUUUAAGGAGGCCUGGCUUGGGCUGAAUCCAGCAAUACCAUGCUUUGGAGCAGGAAAAAAUGUUGUUCCAACCAUUCAUGUCAAAGAUUUAGCUGGAGUGAUACAAAAUAUAAUAGAACGAAAACCAAAAACAAACUACAUUCUUGCAAUGGAUGACUCAAAGCACAAGAUGAAAGAAAUAGUCAAGGCGAUCAGCAAACUUGGGCCUGGCAAGGUUCAACACGUUCCUGAAGCAGAUGCCCUGCUCAACUAUGACUUGACGCAAUCAGAUCUUGAUCACUUGAUGGUGAAUCUGACAAUGGAGGCUUUUUUCAUCAAAGAAAACUUCAACAUCCACUGGGUGGCUGAAAAUGGUAUUGUGGAAAACAUUCAGAACCUUUUCAAAGAAUUCAAGCAAUCUCGAGUACUUCUGCCACUAAAAAUCGCAAUUCUGGGACCUCCUGCAGUAGGGAAAACCUCAAUAGCAGAGAAGCUGGCUAAACACUACAAGCUACACCAUAUCAAAAUAAAAGAUGUCAUUGAAGAAGCUAUUGCAAAUCUGGAAUUAAAAAGUACACAGCCUGAAAUUGAAGAAGCUGAAGAAGCUGAGGAAGAAGGUGAUGACACAGGUGUCAAAGAUGCCCAGGACCUCCUCGACCAAGUCAGAGACAAUAUGGAGCAGAAUGGGGGUCGUUUGGAUGAUGGAUUUGUCAUCAAGUUUAUGAAGGAUAAGUUGUCAUCGAUGCCUUGCCAGAACCAGGGUUUUAUUCUUGAUGGCUAUCCUAAGACAUACUUACAAACCAAGGAACUUUUCAGUGUUGAAGAAGAUGAGGAAGAAGAAACUACCUUGAAUAAAUCACCUCAAUAUGACAAAGUAAUUACUCCAGAAUACAUCUUUUCUUUGGAAGCUUCCAAUGAGUUCCUGAAGAAUCGUGCUUUAAACCUGCCAGAGAGCCUUGUGGUUGGAACCCACUAUACACAAGACAAGUUCAUGCGCCAUCUUGCCCAGUACAGGGAACAAAAUACAGAAGACGAAACACUCCUUAAUUAUUUUGAUGAGAUUGAGAUUCAUCCUGUGCACAUUGAUGUUUCUCAAGAUAAUGAUGCUGAAAACACUCCAGUCAUUGAUGAUAUUAUUAAAAUUGUGGGAUCUGCUAAGAACUAUGGGCCAACACCUGAGGAGCUGAAAGAACUGCAACGCAGACAGGCAGAUGAGCGCCUGGCCAGAGAGGCUGCUGAAAUUGCAGAGCGAGAACGAAGGGAAGCAGAGGAAGCAGCAGAAAAAAUGGCACGCUGGGAGGAAUGGAGCAAGCGUCUGGAGGAGGUAAAGAGACAAGAACAGGAAUUUCUUGAAGCCCAUUCAGUCCCAUUACGAAAUUAUUUAAUGCAGAAUGUCAUGCCAACACUGACCAAGGGACUGAUUGAGUGCUGCAAAAUCAGGCCCAGUGAUCCAGUUGACUUCUUGGCUGAAUACCUGUUCAAGCAUAAUCCACAAGUUGAAUGA